AUGAAAGAUGUAACACGUUGCGACUUUUUUUAUGUUACGGCAAGACGUUAUGGGAAUUUGAAAACUUAAAUAGAUACAUUCGAUACUUGUAAUGAGACAGCAGAGAUCCUCUUUGUUUAUCUGGAUAUGUGCAAGUUUUUUAGCACAAACAGUUCUGAUAUUAUACUUUUAUGAGGUCCCAAGAUCAUGUGAAUGUGGACUAAAAAACGCUCUUCACACAAGAGAUAUUCCGUCAAAAACAGAAAAUAAAACGGACAGCAUGAUAGAAACCUCUGGUAAGGACCGCAGGAAUACGGUGGAUUUCUCUUCCAUAAUGUAUUUGGAGCCACUCGUAGAAGAAACAUUUCUGACAAUACCAUCCACGAGUCCCCGUAUACCGCACAUUAUUCAUCAGGCCUAUAACAGUGAGCGUAUACCAGUUGUAUACGGACAAUAUGUUAAGUCAAUAGCGGAAAUGAAUCCAAAUUGGACAUAUUAUUUUUGGACAGAUGAAUCAUCGAGAAAAUUUAUCGCCGAAAGGUUUCCAUCUCUUUUAAAAGUGUGGGAUGAUAACAAAAUCAACAAAAUGCCAAUUGCUGCUGCAAUAAGAUAUCUUGUCCUGUAUGAAUUUGGCGGAUUCUAUGCCGACCUUGAUAUAGAAAGCAAGCGUCCUUUAGAUAACUUAACAACGAAAUAUGCUUGUAUAUUUCCGACAGAACCUUUUGAACAAAGUGUGUUUCGACUUCAUGUACCAUAUUUAUUCAGUAACGCUAUAAUGUUAUGUCGUCCAAAACACCCUUUUCUGAAACAAAUAAUCGACACGCUACACCAGUACCAGCCAAUGCUAAUGAGUAUAGAUACAGUAGGUCCAUCUUUUAUUACGUCUCAAUUUAUUCGAUAUAAUAACAUCACUGCCGACUAUGUUUACAAAGUGAAACAAUCAAACGAGAGUAACUCCCCUUACUUUUACAAAGGGGAAUUACCCGAAGAUGACGAGGAUGCUGUUUAUGUUCCAAAUACUCAAUACUUUAUCAAUUCAUUAAGCCAAGAAUGGAUGAACGAAAGGCAUUAUAAAAUGACAUGUGCAAAGUCAGGAACUAAAAGUAUUGUUGUGCAAAGAGCUUGUAAUGAAUUAACUCGUCGGCUGUCUCAGAAAAACAGAGAUAAGUAUGCAUUUACAGAUCAUCAUUGGGUUUUCUCUUGUAACCGAACACAAAAUAAACUAUUGCAUACUUAUAAGUCGUUAAAGGAAAGUGUAAACAAAUAUAUUGUUUAUUAAAAGGUUGAAAAUACGAAACCGUUCAUCCGCAAUAAAAUAUAAAAGAUCUAAGAUAAAUAAUGUAGAACAGAUGUUAUACUGUACAAACAAAAUGAAUCAUCUAUUACAGUAUGCAUCUAAUUAACUACGCAAAAGUAAAUCACUUGACACAUGCAAAAAAAAUCUUAAGACACUGCAUAUUAGAGGUUUCGCGGCAUUGUUUUAAUUUUUUUAUAACUGUUUACCAUGCGAAAAUAGCUGGUGAUAGUUCUUAAAUUUUGUAAAAGGUUUUACAUUUCAACAUUUAUAUUUCGAAGGUUUGUUUAAUAAAUGCACUUGUUGGUAAGGCUUUAUGGGUAGGGUAGUGUGUAGUAUUUCAUUCUUAAAUAGUAUAUGAUGGCACCAUUAACCGCGGGUGGGGCGGGGGGCGGUUGUACCUCUGUAUGCAGCUCGGCUGGGCGUACCAGAUGUUUUAAGCACUGGUAUUGGCAAUGAUGACCUCAAGGGGAGGCGUGCGGUCAUGACUGUUUGUUACAAUAAGGCUGUUAAUAUUAUUAUUGUCAUUUAUAAUAUUGUUGUAAUAACUAUUAUUAUUACAUGUAUUAUUGUGUACAACGCCAUCGAAUAUAUCACUGUAUAAAAUAGGCGUUUAAUCAAAUUAUUCAGUGCAGUGUAUUGAUAAUAAAAGAAAAGUUUGAACAUAACUAUGAAACACGUGUAAGCUUAUAUUAAAAGCGGGCAAGGAGUUUGAUUUAAUGUAACUGUUUGUAAUAACUGAAGGGAAAUUUCCAACAUAUACAAUUAGAAAGCAAAAAAAAAAACAACAA